AUGACAAUCUAUAAAGGCCAAGCAGUAACAUUCGAGAAGUACGGUAAAGAUCUCCAAAAUCUUCUCCACACAACAACUUACGAAAUAGAUUCAUCAAAACUUGAACCAAAUCAAUUAUUAUUAAAAACAGUAGCAUCACCAAUAAAUCCAGCAGAUAUAGGACAAAUAGGAGGUGGGUAUAAUGAUAAAGAACCAAUUACUAAUUUAGGUAAUAUCAGCCAAAAUGAUCCAACUAAUGUUGGUGGAAAUGAAGGAGUUUUUAAAAUAUUAGCAAUUGGAUCAAAUGUUUCGAAUUUUUCAAUAGAUGAUUUAGUAAUUCCAUUGUUACCUAAAUUUGGAACUUGGAGAAACUAUGCAAUUGCACAGGAAAAAGAUUUAAUUAAAGUAAAUGGAUUAACUAUAGAACAAGCAGCUACAAUUUCAAUUAAUCCAAGUACUGCUUAUCAAAUUUUACAUCAAUUUGUUGACAAUUGGGAAAAGGGAGAUUAUAUAGUACAAAAUGGUGGGAAUUCUCAAGUAUCUAAAUAUAUUACUCAACUUUCUAAAAUUUACGAUAUAAAUGUUAUUUCAAUUAUAAGAGAUGGUAAAUCCCAACAAGAAAUUGAGAAUUUAAAAAACUUAGGAGCAAAAGAAGUUAUAUUUGAAUCUGAAUUUGAUAAUGAAAAUUUCGAUAUCACAAAAUAUACCUCGGGGGCAAAUGUAAGAUUAGCAUUAAAUGGAACAAGUACUUCUACUUCAUCCUUAGUAAAAUCAUUAUCUCCAAAUGGAACAUUAGUAACUUAUGGAGUUAUAGGAAAUACAGAAAUAAAAUAUGAUGCUAGAUUACAAUUAUUUAAAAAUUUAUCAACUAAAGCAUUUUGGUUGACUGCUAACACAUACAAGAAUCCUGAAUUUAAAAAAGAAACUAUAUAUAAACUUAUUGAGCUUUAUGAACAAAAAAAGAUUAGUGAUGUUGGGUAUGAGAAGUUAUGGGUUAGUGAUAAUGAUGAUAUUACAAAAAGUUUAUUGAGGGGUGUUGUUAAUACUAAAAGUAAUGGUAAACAAGUUUUAUUUUACAAAUAA